AACCAACUGAAGAUCAGAUGGAAGUGAAGACCUGAGAAAAGAGCUUCGACGAAUUAACUCAAGGAGGAACAUCAGGUCAUCUCAUCUAUACAGUCCACAAUGGCUGAAGAAAUGUUUGGAAAGUCAGUGAAACAAUUGAAGCUGGAUCGCACCAUGGCAAAGUCUUCCUUCACCAAGCAAGCAAACUUCCUGAGCAGAAAAGCUUCCAACAUGACAGAGAUGGAACUGCGAGAGGAGUUUAAAAAGCUAACUUCUGAUGCCAGACAUGUAAGUGAUUCAAAUGAUGAUUACAAAGCUGGACUAUUGGCAGAGGUGGGAGAUGAAGCUGAUGAACUUGAUAAACAGCAAAAAACUGAUUUGGAAAAGACUAUUAUUGACUGUGAAUUAAAAUUAGAAGAAGUCAAACAAAUAGUUCAGUCUAAUUUGUGGAAAAAAUAUGGUCAAGAUGAACUCUAUACUGCAAUCCAAGAGGCAGAAAAGGCCUGUAAUGAUGCUUCUGAUAUAAAAGUUUUAACUGUGUACAAAAGCGCAUAUGAAGUGCAGUUGUCCUUUGUGGAGAAUGUGAUCCAGGAAUCUAUCAAAAGUUUUUUGACCUGGGAAAUGUGGAUUCCAGUAGAAGAAAGGGACAAUAUAGAAGACAGAGUAAAACAAAUGAAAUUGAUGAAAAAUAAACUUCAAACAAGAAAAUCGCAGUUUGCCAUAGCACAAACGAUUGCAGAGGAGGAGAGGAAAUCAGAUGCUGCUCAAUCAGACCUUACAUAUUUUCCUAUACAAGCUCAACCUGCACCCAGUGUAAAGAUUAGACCCAUUUGUCUACCAAAAUUUCAUGGCUGUAAAAGAAACUUUCACAGAUGGAGAAAAGACUGGGAAAGCCUGCAGAAGCAGGGAGAACCAAGUGGCUCAGUGGAAGUGAAAAAGUUUCAGUUGUUGGAUAGUGUGGAUGAAAGAAUCUGUAAUGAAUUACAUCUGUCUGCUUAUGAUACUGCUGCAGAUAUGUUCCGAGUGAUGGAAAAUAGGUAUGGCGACAAGUUAAGCAUUGCUUUAGAAAUUAUUGAAGAGCUUGAGAAGACUCCACCCCUGAAAGCAAACCAGCUAAGGAAAGUGAUAGAUCUUAUUCAAGCAAUUGAAAAGGCUCUAGCUGACUUAACAGAGUUAGGUAACAUUGGAGCGAUGAAAAAUCCUCUGGUUAUUAAAUCUCUAGAGAGUAAACUACCUGAUGUUAUAAAGAGAGACUGGCUAGUUUUUAUGGUUAAUCCUGCCAAUGCAGUUACACCAGAUAACCAUUUUGAUAGUCUUCUCAAAUUUUUAAAAACACAGGAGGAAGUUCUAGAGAAAUUGGAGCAACUUGGAGUGAGUGAAAAGGUUGAGAAGAAGUUUGAGAAACGACAUGCUUUUACUCGAUCCACAAGAAAGAAUCAUGUCUGUAUCGUGUGUGGAGACGCAAGACAUGGAGAUAAAAUAUUCUUCUGCAAACAGUUCAAAGCAAUGAAUUUACCUGAAAAACUCAACAUUGUAAAGACGUUGGACACAUGUAAAAGGUGUUUGAGAAAGCAUGGAGAUGCUGAUUGCAUCAAUACUUACCUUUGUAGAAAUAAAGAUUGUAAGAAAAGAAGCUUUUCAGAUCACCAUUUCCUCCUUUGCCCAAAGGGUGAGCUUACAAAGGUUGAGACUGUUAAACCAAGAAGGGAAAAUAGACUGACAGAAGAGCAGGAAAAAUUCAUAGCUGGACUUUCACCAGAACUAGCAGAAGAAUGCAGAAAAGCCUUUUCAAAUGUGACUGCUUCAACAAAAAACACAAAGUGUGAAGCCUUUGGGCUUAUGGAGUCAUAUGGACUAAAAGAGCAACCUGUCAUUCUAAUGCUAUUGGAAGUCACUACGAACGCAGGCCAGAAAAUAGGAACUUUGAUUGACUUGGCUUCUGAUACUAAUUACAUUACUCAUCAAGCAGCUAAAAGGUUGAGCCUAGAAGGUGAAAACAUAACAUUAGUUGUUCAUGGUGUUGGGGGAAUGUCAGUCAAAGUUAGAACAAAGAGAUACCUGUUAAGAGUGAGAGUUAAGACCCCCAAAGGGACAAUGAAAGCUCACCAACUCAUUUGUUAUGGACUUAGUGAAAUUGCUAAAGUGCAUAAAGUCAUUCAACCACUGCAGCUGCAAAAGUUUUUCCCAGAUGUUGACCUGGAAGACCUUAAAAGACCAGAUACCAUUGAGCUGCUAAUAAGCCACAGAGAAGGCAGACUGGCCCCUCAAAGAGUCAAGGUUGUUGGAGACCUGGUCCUGUGGAACAGUCCACUCGGCAUGACCGUGGGAGGAGCUCAUCCGGAUCUUUGUGAAGACGUCGACGUGGCAGCACACAGGUGCAUGAAAUGGUGGAGAGAAAAGCAGCAAUAAAACUAACAGAAGACACUCUAAACAACUGGAAAGGACCAGUAUGGUAUGUAAACCAUCAGGUGGCGCCAAAUCCUCAUUCUGUGACCACUCCUGUGCGUUUAGUAUGGAACAGCAGUCAAAGAUUUGAAGGUCUAAGUAUGAAUGAUAUUCUGAUGAAAGGUCCUGAUGUUUUAAAUCCCAUUCGUGCUGUUCUACUCAGGUUCAGAAGGGGACUGCAUGCUGCCCUGGGAGACAUUAAAAAAAUGUAUAACUCUGUUUGGCUAGAGGACCUGGAGAGACAUCUGCACAGGUUCCUCUGGAGAGACGACUCAGAAGAGGAGAUCGGUGAGUUUGCCAUUACCAGAGUUAACAUUGGGGAUCGACCUGCUGGAUGUAUUGCCCAAGUAGCAAUGCGAGAGACGGCAAAACUGCCCAUGUUUGACAGCUGUAAAGAGGAGUGUAGGAUCCUGGAAGAAGACUGUUAUGUCGAUGAUAUUUUAACAUCUGACAAUGACCCAGAACUUUUGCAUAAACACAUUAAGACGGUGGAAGAGAUCUUACAAGCUGGGGGAUUCUGUUUGAAACCAUGGGUCCUAUCAGGUCAAAGUGGGAGGCAAAACAUGUCCUUACCUAGCAGAGACAAAAUCCUUACACUCCCUAAUCAGUUGAAAGAGGAUGAUAAUAAGGCUUUGGGAGUGGGAUAUCUGGUGGAGGAGGAUAAAUUAUAUGUGAUGACAUCAAUUAACUUCUCAAAAAGGAGGAA